CAAAAAUAUCCAUGUCCGUACAUAGGAUUUUCACGAACCCUGAUGGCCAAGUAAAAAAAGGGCUCAUUCUCAUCCAUACCUGACCUAGCACAUCACCCGCGCACAUAAUUGUAUAUACACACACAGACACAUUGUUGGGCUGGCAAAAUUAAGAAGUCUUGGAUCUAUCGUUUAUCUCAUAAUGCACGAAUAGGGAUCGCCCCCUCUACCCCUCCACCCCUCCAUCCCUCCUUUUACGAAUAAACCGGCUGCUUUGGAUACCCCUCUAAGCCCCUCCAUAUCGUAAUAGCGCAUAGUUACCGCAUGUGAAACUUCCGAGUCACUACUGAGUACCAAGUGUGCCUUAUUCGAACUGUACCUGUAUUAUAUAACAAUUGUAUUAUAUUACCCUUCUUUCCUUCUUUCCUGCACAUGUCUCUUCGCGCCGCUUAUCGUGUCGAGUCUGUCCCUCGAAUCUCAACACUUACACGAGUCCGACUAAGACCGCUUACCUCUCUUACACCAACCAUAUCAACAGCAACCACAUCUCUGUGGAGACGGAAUCACUUCUGGCGCAGUCCUGCCUUAACCACUCCACCCUCUUACUGCUCUCGUCUUACGAAUUACUCCUCACUCACCUCGGUCCCACGAACUUCUCCCCUUGAGAAGGCUAGAAGUACUACUUUGUCAAAGACCCCCCUCAGACACUGCUCAUACCGGAGACACAACAUGUGUAGACUUGCUGGAGACAUCGAGCAUACCGGGGGAGCCGCGCCAGACCCUACCCAGGGUCGCGAGCUCCUCCCGACCAACGUCAUCCCGACGCACUACGAUGUGACUCUAGAGCCUAAUUUUGACAAGUUCACUUUCGAGGGAAAGGUGCUUAUCGACUUCGAUGUGAAGGAUGAGACUAAGUCUAUCUCUCUUCACACCAUCGACCUUGACAUCCACGGCGCCCACAUCAAGUCUGGGGAUAACGUUAUUAGCUCUUCGUCCGCGAUCACCUACGAUAAAUCUAAGCAAAUCUCCAAGAUCGAGCUUAAGGAUGCCGUUCCAACGGGCAAGACUCAGCUGGAGAUCAAGUUCAGCGGCCAGCUCAACGACCAAAUGGCAGGGUUCUACCGUUCCACGUAUAAGAAGCCUGACGGCUCGGAGGGAGUCCUUGCUACGACGCAGAUGGAAGCCAACGAUUGUCGCCGCGCUUUCCCUUGUUUCGACGAGCCCAUGCACAAGGCGAAGUUCACCAUCACCCUUGUUGCAGACAAGCACUUGACAUGCCUCAGCAAUAUGGACGUUGCUUCCGAGUCGGAGGUGUACUCAGAGAUGAGUGGAUCUACGAAGAAGGCUGUCAAGUUCAACCCAACCCCUCUCAUGUCGACUUACCUCGUUGCCUUCAUUAUUGGUGAGCUGAACUAUAUUGAGACCAAGAAAUUCCGUGUCCCAAUCCGAGUGUACGCUCCCCCUAGUUCGGACAUCGAACACGGUCGUUUCUCUCUCGAUCUCGCCGCGCGAACUCUAGAAUAUUACGAGAAGAUCUUUGGUGCCGACUUUCCGCUACCAAAAAUGGACAUGGUUGCUAUCCCUGAUUUUGCGGCAGGUGCUAUGGAAAACUGGGGUUUGAUCACUUACCGUGUCGUUGAUCUUAUGCUGGAUGAGAAGGCUAGCGGUGCAGCCAUGAAAGAGCGUGUUGCCGAGGUAGUGCAGCACGAAUUGGCGCACCAAUGGUUUGGCAACUUAGUAACCAUGGACUGGUGGGAAGGUCUAUGGCUGAAUGAAGGUUUCGCGACUCUGAUGAGCUGGCUAAGCUGCAAUUACUUUUACCCAGAGUGGAAGGUCUGGGAAAACUACGUUACGGACAACCUCCAAAGUGCUUUGGGAUUAGACUCGUUGAGGAGCAGCCAUCCUAUCGAAGUACCAGUCAAGCGCGCUAGCGAGGUUGACCAGAUUUUCGAUGCCAUUUCCUAUUCCAAGGGUUCGUGCGUCCUUCGAAUGAUUUCCACCUACCUUGGUGAGGAUGUUUUCUUGGACGGCGUUCGGAGAUACAUCAAGAAACAUGCCUACGGUAACACUCGAACAGAGGACUUGUGGGCAGCCCUUGAAGAGGCAAGUGGCAAGCCUGUCAAGGAGAUUAUGUCCAUCUGGACCAAGAAUGUUGGCUUUCCCGUUGUCCAAGUUACGGAAAACGCGGCAGAAAGCACAAUUCAGGUCAAGCAGAAUCGAUUCCUAAGGACUGGUGACACGAAGCCCGAAGAAGAUCAAGUGUUAUAUCCGGUUUUUCUAGGUCUCCGAUCGAAGGAUGGUGUAGAAGAGUCUCUUACGUUGACGAAGAGAGAAGAUGUGUUCAAGGUUAAGAACUUGGACUUCUUCAAGUUGAAUGCAAACCACACAAGCAUUUACAGAACAAGUUACACGCCGGAACGUCUCACCAAGCUAGGUCAGUCCGCCAAGGAUGGCUUGCUUACGGUUGAGGACCGUGCCGGAAUGAUUGCCGAUGCUGGUGCUCUUGCCGUAUCGGGUUAUCAGAAAACUUCUGGAGUUCUGAACCUACUGAAGGGCUUCGACACAGAAGAGUCGUUCGUUGUAUGGAGCGAAAUCAUCGCUAGGGUUGCGACCGUUCAAUCAGCUUGGGUAUUUGAGGACAAGUCCGUGAAGAAUGGUCUCGAGGCCUUCGUUAAAGAUCUCAUUAGUGAGAGAGCUCAUAAGUUAGGCUGGAACUUCUCGGAUAAGGAUGGCCAUGUUGAGCAACAAUUUAAGUCCAUGCUGUUUGGUGCAGCUGGCAUGGCCGGCGACCAAGUAAUCAUCGCCGCAUCGAAGGAGAUGUUCAACAAGUAUAUGGAUGGUGACAAGUCAGCAAUCCACCCGAACAUCCGAGGUAGCGUCUUCAGCAUGGCUCUGAAGUAUGGUGGAAAGGAAGAAUACAACAAAGUUCUUAACUUCUUCCGCACGUCUAGCAACAGCGAUGAGCGCAAUACCGCUCUGCGGUGUAUCGGUCGGUCCAAAGAGCCGGCCCUCAUCAAGAGCACGUUGGACCUUGUCCUUAGCAGCGAGGUCAAGAGCCAAGAUCUAUACCUUCCAGCAAGCGGGCUGAGAAGCCAUGCCGAGGGUAUUGAGGCUCUAUUCACUUGGAUGACUGAGAAGUGGCCGGAAAUCACCAAGCGACUCAGCGGAAACGCUCCUAUCCUAGGUUCGAUGGUUACUAUCUGCACAUCCAGUUUCGCUAAACCGGAACAACUCCAGAGGGUAGAGGAGUUCUUCAAGGACAUUGACACUAAGUCGUUCGCCCAACCCCUUGCCCAAAGCAAGGAUGCUAUCCGUAGCAAGAUCUCCUGGCUGGAACGUGAUCAUGACGAUGUCGCGGCAUGGGUCAAGGAAAAUGGAUACGGCGGUAGCUCAUGAGAGCAAGCGUGAAUCUGAUGAAUAAAGGAUCACGAGAUUUCUAUGUGGGUUUAGAGGGCAUUUGCUAGGAGUGUUUUCACGCAAAAAGGUGCCCGAGAGAUACCCGUAGACAAGGAUAGAAAAAGUACUCUGUGUAGGGAAAAGCAGAAAAUAAAAUCUAUUAC